AUGGAAAUCGGAAAACUGAAGAAAAUAAGGAGAGGUCAUCGAGCAUAUGUGACGAGACAGAUUGGAAAAAUAGACGAGCGCAAGGGCGACGAAAAGGAGCUGAAGCAGAUGGAAAUUCAGCUUAAAGAGAAACGAGACACGUUGAAGGUCUUAGAUGAAAAGAUUUUGGAACUGAUAGCAGACGAAGAAACCGAAUCCGAAACCGAAGGCGUUGACCCUAUCAGCAAAGAGAUCGAGGAUUCAGCAGGCUUCCAAGAAAAGGUAAAUUCUGCUAUUCUUUACGUUCAAGAAUGUUUAUUGCCUGAAGAAUCAACACGACGAAAGAACUCGAAUAUUUCAGUUGAUAGCCUCAGUUUAAAUGAAUCUUCAAGGAAAGUAAGGGCGAAGUUGCCAAAAUUAGAACUUAAGAAGUUUUCCGGAAAGCCCCAAGAAUGGUCAGAGUUUUGGGACAGUUUUGUUAGUGCCGUUCAUGGGAAUGAUGAACUUUCAACGAUUGAUAAGUUUGCCUAUUUAAAGUUCUAUUUAGAAGAUUCACCUAGCAGAGUAAUUUCAGGGUUAGAGCUAACUGAAAGAAAUUAUGCGACAGCAAUUGAUCUGCUAAGGGAAAGAUUUGCGAAACCGUCCUUGAUAAAACAAGCUCAUAUAAAGGACAUGAUGAGCUUGCAACCAGUAUUUAAUGAAAGGAACGUUGCAAAAAUGAGGGACUUGUACGAUAGUUUAGAGACCCAUUUUCGGGGACUAGAAGCGUUGGGUGUUGACCAAUACAAUUAUUCUUGCAUCGUUGUUCCGACCCUUAUGGAAAAAAUACCAGAUGUUGUUCGUUUGAAUAUGAUUAGGGGUACUAGGAAGCAAGAUGACUGGGUCAUGGAAGACUUUCUAGGAGCAUUUAAAAAUGAACUAGAAAUAAGGGAACGAAACCAGCCCAUAUUUAAAGAAACGCGAGGGCGAGACAUUGAUGUCAAAUCGAGGUUUGCAGGGAAAAACCCGAUGAGCGGAAGUGCUUUGCAUGCUGCAGAACAUGCUGAAUUUCAAGAGAAAAGGCUGUUUUGUACUUUUUGUCGUGGGAGUCACGAAGAAAAUGACUGUAAAAAUGUAACUGAUGUAAGAGAACGUAAGAAGCUCGUAUUUAAGUAUGGUAAAUGUUUUUUAUGCUUAAGAAGAAACCAUAAAUGUAUCGAUUGCCGCUCGAAUCUCGUUUGUUUUAAAUGUAAACAAAAGCACCAUUCGUCUUUAUGUGAUAACGUUAAAGUAGAUAGAGUAAGAUCUAAGUUUUCUGUGCCAUCAGUACCCACCCCACUUGCUAGCACAACUUCUUGCGUAGGAAAUGUAGGUAACGGGGGGAGCGUAGCAUUGCAGACAGCACAAGCGGUUUUAAAAGGCAAACAAGUUGUUAGGGCACGCGUGCUUUUCGAUACAGGUAGCCAUAGGACCUUCGUUACGAAGGACAUUGUUGAUCGCUUAGGACUGAGCCCCAUUAAGCAAGAGCGCUUAGGAAUUACUACAUUUGGUUCCACCAGAGUUAAUGAGAGUCUGAGAGAUGUAGUAGAACUCAAGUUGUAUCCAGUGAAAGGUAGUAAACCAACAAGUGUAGAAGCCUUUGUAGUUGAGCAUAUCUCAGAAAUUAGAAAUGAGCAUCCAGAGAUUGUUAAGCAUAAAUUUCAACACCUUACUAAAUUAUGGUUCUCAGAUGUUUCAGCUAAGCAAGAAUCUUUGACCAUUGAUGUUUUAAUUGGUAAUGAUUUCAUGUAUGAGCUGCAAGGGGAUACAGUUAUACGAGGGGAGCCAGGAGAGCCUGUGGCUGUGCAAACGAAGCUUGGAUGGGUGUUGUCAGGACCAUUAAUUGGUAUGAAAGUUGCUUCUUGUGAGAAUUCUAGUGUUAAUCUCAUUCUUGAUUCUUCACCUGCAAAUAAGGUUAAAUCGUCUUUGGAUAAUGAGGUACAGAAAUUAUGGGAUUUGGAGACAAUUGGCAUAAGAGAUACAGAUGAAGUUCAUGAUGAUUUGCUUGACAAUGUUUCCUUUACAGGCGAAAGGUAUUCUGUUAAAUUGCCUUGGAAGGUGGGGCAUAAACCCCUUCCAUCUAAUUUUACGAACAGUCUUUGCAGGUUGAAAGGGCAGCUAAGAAAAUUGAAGAAAGAACCAGAGGUGCUGCAAACAUAUGAUAACAUUAUUAAAGAGCAAUUGAAAGAUGGCGUUAUUGAGAAAGUUGCAGAGUUAGAAGCCAGUGAGAGACAACAUUAUUUACCGCAUCAAGCCGUUGUUCGAGAGAAUGCAGAGACCACAAAAGUAAGGAUAGUGUAUGAUGCUUCAUCAAAGGAAGGAAAAACAGGUACCUCACUUAAUAAUUGUUUACAUGUAGGCCCACCACUCACACCCUUGUUAUUUGAUAUAUUGUUAAGGUUUAGGGAGUUCAAAGUACCUAUGGUAGCAGAUAUUGAAAAAGCCUUUUUGAAUGUGGAAAUAGAUCAAUCAGAUAGAGAUGUUUUGAGAUUUUUAUGGGUCAAGGACAUUCAUAAUGAGGAUUCUCCUGUUGAAGUUUAUCGCUUUAAAAGAGUUGUCUUUGGGGUAAAUUCAUCUCCAUUUCUUUUGAAUGCUGUGUUAAGAUUCCAUAUUAACAAAUAUAAGGAAGAGGACCCAGAUUUUGCUAUGAAACUUGCUGAUAAUUUCUAUGUAGACGAUUUAGUGUUCGGAGCUUCAAAUUUAAUUGAUGCAAGAAAUCUAUACUUGAAAGCUGUGGAAAGAAUGAAAGAAGGGGGUUUCAACCUCAGAAAAUGGAAGAGUAGUAGUUUAGAUUUGGUAGAAGAAUUCUUUAAAGGGCCACUCCAGCCCAAAAUUUUUAUUUCAGAACACGAUGUAAUCAGACCUCCUGAAAACGAAUCUGUUAUUAUUUUUUUCAUAUCUCUAACCGUUUUGUAG